UUGUUUGAAACAUCCCAAAACAAUGACAAACAAAACUCCUAGGAAGCCAAAACCAAAUUCGCAUGAAUCACAAAAUUUCUAGGAAUCACCAAACCAUCAACUUCUUGAAUUUCAAAUCACUCUUCUCACUCUCUCUUCACAAUCCCACCCUCCCAGCAUGUCUUGGCUACGAUCAAUCCUCCGAACAACCACCCUCCCUCAAUCCUCCUCUCUCCUAACCCACCUCCGUCGCAUGAGCAAUCUCCCAGAAAACACCGUCUAUUCAGGACCAACCCCACAAACCCAAAGGGUAACACUCUCACAACUGCGACAGAAACAUAAAAACUCACAACCCAUUACAAUGGUCACUGCUUAUGAUUACCCUUCUGCUGUUCACGUCGAUAUGGCCAACAUUGAUAUCUGUCUUGUGGGGGAUUCGGCUUCCAUGGUUGUUCAUGGCCAUGAUACUACUCUGCCUAUUACGUUGGAUGAAAUGCUUGUUCAUUGUAGGGCUGUUUCUCGUGGUGCCAAAACUCCUCUUCUUGUUGGGGAUUUGCCGUUUGGAACGUAUGAGUGUAGUUCUAAACAGGCGGUCGAUACGGCUGUUAGGAUUUUGAAAGAAGGACGAAUGGAUGCCAUAAAAUUGGAAGGAGGUUCACCUUCAAGAAUCGUUGCAGCAAAAUCUAUUGUUGAAGCUGGAAUAGCAGUAAUCGGCCAUGUUGGUCUUACACCACAAGCCAUUAGUGUUUUAGGUGGAUUUAGGCCUCAGGGACGAAAUGUUGCUAGUGCCGUCAAGGUUGUCGAGACAGCAUUGGCUUUGCAAGAAGCAGGGUGUUUUGCUGUUGUUCUUGAAUGUGUUCCUGCACCGGUCGCUGCCGCAACAACAGCAGCGCUUCAAAUUCCGACGAUCGGAAUCGGGGCUGGACCCUAUUGCAGUGGACAGGUGCUUGUUUACCAUGAUCUUCUUGGUAUGUUACAACACCCUCACCAUGCAAAGGUUACUCCAAAGUUUUCUAAACAGUACGCUCGUGUCGGAGAUGUCAUCAAUAAAGCGUUACUCGAGUAUAAGGAAGAUGUGACUAAUGGUUCGUUUCCUGAUGCUAAACACAGUCCCUACAAAAUCAGUGAAGCUGAUGCUAAUGGUUUCGUAAAUGAGCUGCAAAAGUUAGGUUUCGACAAAGCAGUUUUUGCGGCAUCUGAAGCAGUUCAGAAGAUGGUUACAAAAUCAACAAAGUGACAAUAUAGUAAAGCUACAGAAUCCUCCAUUUUUCAUUUGAUGUUCUUCGUCGUCUUCAAUGACAGAAUAAAUCGAAGAACUUAAGUGAACAUGAUUUGAGCGGGACAGACAAAUAGAUUGAUAGAUAGAUUUAAAUUCCAUCGCUCAAAUUCAUGAAAUUUUCUUGAUACGUAUGGAGACUUAUUUUUGUCAUCCCAUGUAACAAAAAGAAAUGUUAUUUUGAAGCAUUAGAUUCAAACCAAAAUGUUGAAAACCGAUUUUGAUUUGUUCUUAUUAAAUUUAGGUGCUUGAUGAAUGAUCUAAGCCGUCCCGAGUUUGCUAUUGCAAACAAACAACAACUUAACAUCAUGUUUAUUUUCUGAUAUUUUUUGAUUUAGUCUGUAUUGUGAAGCAAACUCUUUGUGCCUCUAUGUUAUUUACCUCUUAAAUGCCGAUUCCAUCUCUCGCAGCUCCAGCUCCGGUUUUGCUUCACAUUCUGUCAACUCACCUGUCUACGAUUAUGACAGGCUCUUGCACCACAACAGAGGGACCACCGCUUUUGACGAUCUUCUCGGCGGAUUCCGUAAUUCCGAGAAAACCGUGAAGAAUGAGAAUGGCGUGGAUGAUUUUGAUGAUCUGAUGAUCCCUGGAUUUGGGAACAGUAAGCCCUCCUCUCGUCAAAGGUGUGGCGACUGUGCGUAUCUUCUUAUCAUACCUUGAUUUUAUUGUACUCUAUCCACAUUAUGAAAUGCAUUGCGGUUUCGAGGAUAGUUUAUUUGUUUUUAUUGUUUUGCUUGCAAUUGAAGUAACAGUAGCGAAAUGUUGAGUAGUAAGACUUGAGGUUGUGGUUUAUGGAUCAGUAGGAAAGCUUGUAAAAGUAACAUGUCAAACUGUUUGAUUAGAACUAUGGGAAUGAGUGCAAAAUGCUGAAAGCUUUUGGCAAAA